AUGGCUGCCUAUACACAAUUUGGAUAUGGCUCUUAUCCGUCGGCUAAUCAGUUACUUGGCGGUAAUGUAAGUCAAACAUCAGCCGCAUUAUUGACAUCGUCAGCACACAAUGCUCCAUCGCCCUUAUCGGGUCGCAAUGAAAAUUCUCUCAGUCCAUCUGGCAACUCAACGUCGUCAUCUUCAUCAUCGGUUUCAUCAAGCGGUGGCGGCACAACAAAUGUUGGUCCCCUAAGUCCAGGUGCAAUGUCACAGACAUCAACUAAUAAUGCUGGUAGUGUAGCAGCAGUAAAUACAACAACACUUGGUCAUUCUUCACUAGUUAAUGGGCCGGAAGGUACAGCAGCCAAUGCAGCAUCUUCAAUGUUGGCUGCAGCCGCUGUUGCAGCAGCAGCAGCUGGCGGCUCCACAUCAAAUAAUUCACCAGGCAGCAUUAGCACUAGUGGUGGUGUUGGUUCAGGAGGUGGUUGUUGUGAAAACGGUCGUCCCAUUAUGACAGAUCCUGUGUCUGGUCAAACAGUGUGCUCUUGCCAAUACGAUUCAGCACGUUUAGCUUUAUCCAAUUACUCACGUAUGCCCACGGGUAGUGUAGGUGUUUAUGGCACAGCAUAUCCAUCAAGCGAACAAAAUCCCUAUCCCAGUAUUGGUGUGGAUAGUUCAGCCUUCUAUACUCCACUGAGCAAUCCUUAUAGUCUUAAAGAAUCCACCACCGGCAGCGAUAUGUCCGCUUGGUCAACAGCCGGUUUACAGCCCACAACUGGUUAUUAUUCAUACGAUCCAACAUUUGCUUAUGGUUAUGGUGCUUCUUAUGACUUGGCAUCUAGACGUAAAAAUGCCACCCGAGAAUCUACGGCCACCUUAAAAGCCUGGCUUAAUGAACAUAAAAAGAAUCCUUAUCCCACUAAAGGUGAAAAAAUCAUGUUGGCCAUAAUCACUAAAAUGACUUUGACUCAAGUCUCCACAUGGUUUGCCAAUGCACGUAGACGUUUGAAGAAGGAAAACAAAAUGACCUGGGAACCAAAGAAUCGCACUGAAGAUGAUGACGAUGAUGCCAUGCUGUCGGAUGAUGAGAAGGAAUUGGAGAAAAAUGAUAAAGUAUUAACGAAUGGUUCAGUAGGAGGCAAUAUGUAUGGCCAGCAAAUGCUUAAAGAACAUGACCAACUUAAAACCAAUCACCAUCACAAUGUUAAACAACAUGAUUUAAAGGAUGAUGAAGAAGAUCGUAAACCGGAAAAUUUAACCGCCAGUAGACAAUUGGAAAAUUACAAUACCGCCUCAUUAUAUGGUACAACAGCAACGGGACAUCAUGCGAAUAACUAUCAUCCUUAUCAAAGUCAACAGCAACAACCGCAUCACAACCAAAGUCUUUACUAUCAACAGCAGCAGCAGCAACAUCAACAGCAACAAGGUUAUUUAGCUAAUCCUGCCUCAGCUAUUAGAGAUGAGUGUGGCAUACCUAUACCAGCCACAAAACCAAAAAUUUGGAGUGUGGCCGAUACAGUGGCUAAUAAAACACCACCACCACCCAUUAGCAGCAGUGGCCAGGCAGCCUAUAUGAGCAAUAGCCAGCAACAGCAAUUGGCUGCACAAUCGUAUUAUGCCAAUAAUUUACAAAUAAAUAAUCAUUUGGCCAACAAUUCACCCCUGUCCAUGAUGAGUAGUUAUGUUAAUGCCGCUGCUUCACCCUAUUCACGCCUCAACUCAGCCUAUCAGCCUGCGGCCAGUAAUUAUAGCACCACGGCGGGACAAAUGUCAAACAAUAAUAAUAAUAACAACAGCUCAAAUACCUCAGCAAAUAUGAUGCAGCAUAUGACACAACAAUAUGCUGCCCAAAAUUUACACACACAACAGCAACAACAACAACAGCAGCAACAACAAUUACAGCAACAGGGUCGCUUGGGGUUUCCUGAGAUACAACCUGAUACACCACCCCAAACACCACCCAAUAUGAAACAUGCCAACAACACCAGCAUGCAUAGUUUAAUGAACAGUACUUCCUCCUCUUCCAAUUCUUUGGCAUAUGCGGGAAAUUCAAAUGUUUUGAAUACUUCCUAUGGCAGUGAUGUUUCAUCGCAUACUUCACGCUCAGGUUUAGAAAUGCAAUAAUUGAUGAAAAACCUUUUAUGGGGUUUUCAUUCUAUCACUCCAAACAACAACAACAAUUAUUCCUAAAGGGUUAAGUGCAACUAACUUUACUAUAUAAUUAUAUACUAUAUAUUUUAUUAAUUUAGCUUAAAUUGUAAGUAGAUUUUCUAUAGCGACAAAAGGCAGAGCUGUAAAGUAAUGAAAUGUUUAUUACUUUUUCUUUAAAUGAUUAAAGUUUUUUUUUUUAAUUUUAUUUAAAACAAGAGUUGUGUUUAGUGAAGAAAUUAAAUCAUGUUAUUGGGUCCAAAAUUAGAGUGGCACGGUGGAGCAAAGGUAACAACUUGGGGAAAUAUAUUGUCGUUGUUUCACUUGCUGUCUAGAUAAAGGCAAGGAGUUUACGAAUAUUAUUCGAUUAAAAGUUUUCUCUUCGGCUCCCUCAGAUCUUCUAGUAACGGGGCUGUGAGGUUUCGGAGUAGGAACAACUAGCUAUACCCAGUGUGCUUUGCUACCCAAAAGCAAUAUAAAUAAAUAUCCCACUUAACGAUUUUGAAGAUUCUAACUACAAUAGUUUAGCAGAUAUAAUUUAUUAUUGCAAGUUCGCCAAUUUCUAAAAUUUGAAGUUUCUGCCUCUAAUAGUUUCUCAGAUAUACGAAUUUUUUCUAUUUAAUACAUAUGGGGCUCCAAGCCUCCCCAAUAUCAUUAGUAGUCCGCCAAUUUAUGUUUAUAUGGAUUUUAAAGUACUUUGUGUAAAAUUUUAAGAUUCUAACUGUAAUAGUUUCCAAUAUAAAAAAAUUUU